CCUCGCCCCGCCCCUCGGCCGGCCCGCAACCCGGCCUGUCGGAACCCGGCUGCGGCUCCGCCUCCCUCGGGCUCCGCAGCGCGGCUGGGCGGUGCAAGGGGCGGGGAUUUCUGGCACUUUCCGGACGCCGCGAACGCUCGGAGCCGGGGCUGAGAGACCGGAAGCCGGUCAGGGCGCCGCACGGCUGUUUCCCUCGUCGCGGCCCUUGUUCUCCGCCGAGUCCGCGCCGCCCGCGCCGGCAUGGCCAAGUGGGGCCAGGGGGACCCGCGCUGGAUCGUGGAGCAGAGGGAGGACGGCACCAACGUGAACAACUGGCACUGGACAGAGAGGGAUGCCACCAGCUGGUCUAAGGGGAAGCUCCAAGAGUUCCUGGUGGGCAUUGUGGUGGAGAAUGAGGCUGGCCGCUGCGAGAUCAGUGAGCUGAAGCAGGUGGAAGGCGAGGCUUCCUGCAGCAGCCGCAAGGGAAAGCUGAUUUUCUUCUAUGAGUGGAACAUCAAACUGGGCUGGAAAGGUACAGUGAAAGUAUCUGGCGCAAAACACAAGGGAUUGAUAGAAAUACCCAACCUUUCUGAAGAAAAUGAAGUAGAUGACACUGAGGUGAAUGUGAGUAAGAAGAAAGGAGACGGGGAUAUGCUUAAGGAUCUUAUGAAAACUGCAGGCACCACCAAGGUUAGAGAGGCUCUUGAAGAUUACCUGAAGGCACUUAAGACUGAAUUUACAGUGGGAAUGAUUUUACCAACAAAAACUAUGGUAACCCAGGAAUUAACUGUUAAAAGGAAAUUGAGUGAGAACACCUUUCAGGCCUCAUCUCCAGUGGCAUUGGGUGUAAGGAUUCCCACUGUUGCACUGCACAUGACUGAACUGUUCGACACAGCUGUAGAGCACCUAUAUAAUAUCUUCACCGUGAAAGACUUGGUGCAAAAAUUUUCUAAAUCUCCUGCUGUAUUAGAAGCUGAAAAGGGAGGGAAAUUCCAAAUGUUUGAUGGGAAUAUCACUGGUGAAUACAUAGAAUUGUUAACAAAUAAAAAGAUUGUCAUGAAAUGGAGAUGUAGGAACUGGCCAGAUGAACACUAUGCAACAGUUGCACUGAAGUUUGUGCCUACUCCCAGGCAAACAGAAUUACAAUUGGACUGUAAAGGAGUUCCUGUCUGUAAAGAGGAGAACAUGAAAUUCUGUUGGCAAAAGCAGCAUUUUGAAGAAAUAAAAAGUUUACUGCAGCUGACCCCUUAACAUGGUUGAAUUACUAGGAUUUUAUAAGGACAAUUCUUUUUGUAAGCAGACAAUGUCAAGUUUAUCUUGUUCCCAUUACUCCUUUUUAAAACAGUCUCUUAAUUUAUAUGGGAUGAAAUCCAUGUACUCAUACACUUUUUAGUAUUGUCUGAGUCUUUGCUAGACUCAGCAGUAAGCAACCUGAAAUUAGGAAUAGCCUUACCUCCUGCAGCUGCUCCUCUAGCAACAGAUUGGUUUCCUAGCACAGACAGUUGUUUCCCAAGCUACAGCUGUAGUUUUAGUUCAGGAAGACCAAAAAUAAAUAGCAUGUUGAUAUUAUUCCUUUUAUUUCACGUUUUUAAGGUGUGUAGCUCUUUGGUAGUGAAACAAUGGCAUGCUGUUAAAAUGAAGGCUAGUUGGCUGUAUUGUUAGCUUCUCCCAGCCAUUCUGGAUUGCCCCAAAGCAGUUAUAUACUUGGGGGUGCAGGGGUUUGAGAAGUCUAGGGGAUAAGUUACUUUUUUGAUUGCCACUAAUACUUAAUGAAAAUAGAAUAUAAUGGAUAAAUGCUUACCCCAUUCAGUUUUCUCAAUACUUUCAUCUGAGAAGACUAAAACAAUAUCUGUAAACAAAUGGAAAGUCAUCACAAUCAGUUUAAUUAAAUGCACAGAAUAGCAGUCAGUCAUGUCAAUGAAAAUAAAACAAUUAUUUUUA